AUGGCACCAGGGCGUCGAGACGUCGAGUUCCCCACUGUUGACGGACUAACCCUUAGGGGUUGGUUCUACACCGCCGCCAGUGGAGAUGGGCAGCAUCCAUGCAUUAUUAUGGCGAACGGACUGGCAGGUUUGAAGGAGCAGUUCUGCCCCAACUUUGCCAAGCGGUUCCAAGCCGCUGGCUAUGGAGUCUUGCUCUUCGACCAUCGCAACUGGGGUGCAAGUGACGGUCUUCCACGUAACGAGACAAACCCCGUCCAAACUGCUCGAGACUACUCAGAUGCCUUUGACUACGCUGCAUCGUUGGACGAGGUCGAUUCUUCUAGGAUCGUCUACUGGGGCACCAGCAUGUGCGGCGGCUCCGUUUUGCUCGCUGCGGCAUUCGACAAGCGUAUCCGAGCGGUGAUUUCGCAAGUCCCAUUUGUAUCCGGCGAACAGCUUAGCACAAACCUCGCACCCAUGAUUCCCUCCCUGUACAGCAGCCGACAACAGCUCAAAGCCGGCAAACCUGCCCCGCUGAUCAAGCUUUUCGCCGAGACUGCCGAGGAGAGUCUCCAGCAGGACACCAGUGCCCUUAUCCGCGAUGAGAAUCUCUGUGAUUUCAUCAAGGCUUUGGAUAAGAAUAAGGUUCCUUGGUCUCCGAAUGUGACUCCCCAAACACUUCUCGACAUGGUUGCAUUUGAGCCAUUGGCUUUUAUGCACCGUAUCGCACCUACACCACUCCUCUUUGUCAGUGCGGAGAGUGAUAUGUGUGCACCGACUUUUACUCAGCUUAAGGCCUACGCUUUGGCUUAUGAGCCGAAGAAGCUGGCUAUUUUGAAGGGUGCUGGCCACUUCGACCCCUAUCAUGGCAAGGUCUUCGAAGAGAAUAUCGAGAAACAGUUGGCCUUCUUGAAGGAUACUAUUUAG